AUGGUUGGGUACAUGCAAGUAAAUUUGAAGGUGGGGCCAAUUCGGUCACUUACCAAGUUCUACGUGGUGGACGUAGAUGUGGCUUACCAUGCUUUACUUGGAAGGCUAUGGCUCAACAAGCAUAAACUUGUGGUCUCUACCUACCAUCAAUGUGUAAAGGGAAGGAUUGGGCUGAGGCCAUUCCGCAUACCUGGGAACCAAGCAUCGUUCAACAAAAACGAAGCUCAUUACUCCUAG